CUUGGCGUUAAGGUCUGCUGGGAGGACACCUGCUUGCAGCCAGCAGUACCGUGGUGAGUGGAAAAAAACCCUGGGGAAAGCAGAAGGGCUAGCAAGCGAAAGUGAAAGCGGCGCUUACUUCACGGUUUUGGAAAGCAAACGGGAUUAGCGCAGCCAGGGAGCGUAUUAGGGUUGAAGCAGCCAGGAGCUGAUCAGCACUUCUGCCACAGUGAUAUCUUUAGACUCGCCUGUCUACCCUCAGAAUGGCGUACGCCUGGUAUUGGCAUGACGAUUUUGGGCAGUGGAUUGAGUAUGGCCAACAGCAUCCGGAUCAUUGCUCUGCCACUGUAACAUCUGCAGAUCUGGAGAAGGCAUUUUUAGCUAAUCGGAAAGGCACUCUGUUAUUCAGGGCUGGUUCUCAGCAGUACGAGAUAAACUUUGAAGACAUGGUCCAAAGAAAUUUGAUCUAUGAAACUCGAAGAAAAGUUAUCCGAUUGCCAAGAUUUCUGUCCUCUGGAAGUGAGCAAGAGAGAAGCCAGUUAUACACAGCUCUGACGUGUUCUGUCUAUCCUCCAGAAUGGGACCAAUCUGCACUGCCUGAUAUAGGGUACAAGUUGGUAGAGCUCAGCUGCACUUCCAGUGAAUAUAGAAAAAUUGAGAGGCUCUUUGAGAGGACAAUGAAAGAUUAUAGCAUCCGCAGACUGCAGAGGAUCCAGAACCCAGCGCUUUGGCAAGUUUUUCAGUGGCAAAAGGAGCAGAUGAGGAAGGUCAAGAACAGGAGAUGGGUGGAUGAACGGCUCCUGUUCCACGGCACGAGCGCGUCCCACCUGGCUGCCAUCUGCGAGCAGAACUUCGACUGGCGGGUGUGCGGGGCUCACGGGACGCUGUAUGGAAGAGGAAGCUACUUUGCCAGAGACGCCAGUUAUUCUCACGAGUACUGCCCAUCCCGCACUGGUCACCAGAGCAUGUUUGUAGCUCGAGUUCUUGUUGGAGACUUUGUUGAGGGCAACUCAGAGUACCUUCGCCCUCCACCCAGAGCUGGGAAUGCAAACAGGCUCUACGACAGCUGUGUGGAUGACCCGGAGGAUCCUUCCAUCUUUGUCAUCUUUGAGAAGCAUCAGGUUUACCCUGCCUAUAUCUUGGAGUAUAGCAGAGGGUUCAGCUGUAUGAUCCUGUAAAGAAUGGCAGAAUCUUCUUUGAACUGAGGCUGAGAUGCUUUUAUAAAUCUCUUUGUUAAUGUCUACACAAUUUUAGUACUUGCUAUAUAUAGCGAAAUUUUCUUUGAGAAACUGUAGAACAUUUUGUAAUGCAAUGAACCAAGACCAAUCUCCUGAAGGAUUUUUGGACAUAAUUUGUUUGGUAGGGGCUAUUCUGCCCACUGGAAGUGCUAAAUUUUAACUUUUAACUUAUCUCUAGCCUGAGAUGGGGAGGUACCUGACGUACAUGCCCUGAUGUGAUGACAUGUUUUGCAUGCUUGAAAACUGCACUGCUGAGUGUAUGGUUAACUUGAUCCACUGAUGCAGUCAUGUAUGGAUUAUUCCUGCCUGUGAUGGGGCUGAUGUGCUGAAGGGAGACUGGGUGGGAAAUGCAGAAGGAAGAAAAGUGAAAGUACCUGCACCAUGGUGUACAAGGAAGGAGUAAUAACCUGCUGUUUCAGUAGACGACAUUAAGUUCCUACAUCCUGGAAGCCUUAUAAUUGACUGCGGGGUAAAGUUUGCUUUGUUUCAUCAUCACAGUGCUGUCAGCACUGCUUACCCUAUUCUUCUACCUGAGUCUGCCCGUCCCGCUGGUGACACCAUACCCAAGUGUCAGUGUCCUCGCCCUGUCCGCCUGGGCUGACUCCCCGUCCCGGAGCAGAGCUUCCUCAGGUUUAGGUCAAGAGAACUCGCAAUAUUCCAGCUGCUGAAGUGAGACCCCAGCAGGGCCACAUUGCAGGGGGGAAGUCUGCAAUGAGCUGAGUGACCACCCAUGGUCGGGCUCUGUUAGGACUGCGGAGCCAGUGCUUGAAUGAGGGAUUCAGGAGAAAACAUGGCUUUGUGAGGGUUGGCCAGCAGCAUAGCUGCCACCACUUCCCCCCUACAGACUGAAGUUGGUGGUGGUUUAUUUUAAAUAGCCAUGCAGUCACCUAGCACUUUUCCAGGUGAUUCAGAAGUGUCUCAGCUGUGUGUGCUCUGACUGGGACAGAUGACUUGGGGCUUGCGUGACUGAUAAUAUAGGAAACCUGGGGGAUGGUGGGGUAACAUUUGGGAUGGCUGAUAGCAUGGAAACCAAAAUUAAUGUUUUUUUUUAAAACAGCCUUGUUGUAAGCUGUUGCAGUUCAGCAGAUGAUGCACAAGUGGCUCAGUUGUCCAUGCCGUGAGUGGAAGGAACCAAGAGCAUGGAUGUGUGUAGGCUCUCAUCAGCUUUCCUAAAUCCUGCUAUCUUCAGGCACAGUCAGUGCCCUUGAAAAAUGUCAGAAAUGCAGCUGUCUGCAAUGAGUCCUGCAGGUGCCAUAUUUAGUGCAUUUCUAUAUCCCAUCUCUUCUGCAGGGAGCUGGAUGAAUUACAGCUGGGACCUGAAGGUGGUUCGUGCACAAAUUAGUGAUCUAAUCUUAGCCACACAUAAGCAGAGAGCUUUCGGUGUAAUCGGGAAGUAAAGGUGAAAGUCGUGUAAAUGUACUUUUUUUCUGAAAACAGUAUUUCUUUAUGGAAGAAAGCAAAUAGCAGCAAGUUGUCUAUCUUACACCUUUCUCAAUAAAGAAAGAAGUGUACAACACUUAAUUGCUUUCCUCUGUUAUCAGUACCACUGCAUUUGAAAAUUGCAGUGGUGUCUGGUAUAUGGAGCUGUAAUGUUGCGCUGAGAUCUGUGACUCUGCUGAGAAGUAGCUAUUUUUGACUUGUUGGUCAAAAUGGAAAUGGAAGCGCUCCCUGAGGAGCCCAUGCUAUUUCAAGGUCCCUCUAGGCAAGUGUAAGUUUGUGGCACUGCCUAUCUCCAGCUCUAGAUGGCCGUUCCUGUUGUUUCCCCUAUGCCAGUGCUCAUGACUGUCCCGGGGUGGGGAGGAUCAGAUCCAGGGCACUCAUCUAGUUGAAAAUUGAGUUAGUCCAAAACAAACGAACAAACAAAAAUGGUGUUCAGGAAGAACAGUUCCCAGCUUUGCCUUGCCACCCAAGUGCUUGUGCCAAUGCUGAUGAUGAAGAGGGGAGGCUGCAGCAUAGACUUUGACUGGGAUAAUAUGAUAAUAGACCUAUAGCCUAAGCAGGCCUUUCCAUGGUAAGAGAUUUGAGAAUAUUCUUAGUAGGUGAAGGAUUGAGAGUAGACACCACUGAUAAAAGAGAAAAGUACUUGUUCGUGCUAAAAGUACUAAAGUGCU